CCUCUCACUUUUUGCACCGAUCACACGCAACGGUGCUACUACGACCGGUUGCGCGUUCAUUCUAUCGCCGAGUGUAUAUUCGUACAGAACGAUUGGUGGUUUUGUGCAGAACAAACCAUUGUCCAGGAAAGUCAUGAUUCUAUCAGCAAAACAGCUGGUGCUUUGGAUUGCCUUGGGGAGCUUCGUAGGUGCGAUCGCAAUCGAGGAGAAUGUAGGGACAACUUCCUUGGUAGAAAGUCACAACCUCACCACCACCACCUCCACCACUACAGUCACUACACCCACUACAUCCACCAUUUCCACCACUUCAACCACUUCAACCACACCCAGCACAACUUUCUCUAGCAGUACUACCGCUCGAACCACCUCGUCACAAGCCAUCUCCAGUUCUAGUCCAUCCACACCGCCCAUCUUGGCCAGAGCGAACCCCAUUUCUAGUACCUCAACCAGCAGAAGCAUCAUCAGCACAACCUCCAGCGCAACAACGACUAAACCUUCGGCAAAGCGUCAGAUAAGCUUGAAUGAAUUCCAGCAGCUAGUAGCAAAGGUUAACGAUGAGAUCAGCAUGCUGCGCAAUCAGUCGGCAAACCUAUCCCAAACGUACGAAGAGCUGGUGCGAAGAUACAACGAUCGAACUUCGCAGGUACCGAUCGUACUGUACGAUGUAUCGGAUUGUUCCAACAGUACCAACGUCCAGCAUGAUACUUCAACCGAAGCGAUCAAACAGAAGUCAACUGUACCAGAAGUUACUAAUCCUACGGUCUCUUCAGAAGAAGUCACUACUACCACGGCUAAGUCAACAACAGUAACUACAUCUACUACAACAGCACCAUCCAGUACAAGACGAGUCGAGGAUUCAAUUCAGAAGCAAACCCAUUCGAAGUCCUCUUCCGAUGGAGCAUUACCAGCCGAACCAGUACCUCAGAGCUCAGGAAGCUCCCACACACAGAUCUACGGCAAUAAGUACUACAACUACAUACACUACUUCAUGUAUCCACCGAGCGAGGAACAGCUGGAAGAAAUGGGUUCUCCGCCAACUCAACUCAACCAUCGCCGAAAGAGUGGAAACGAUUCUCGGAAAGCCGUACCACAGAAUCGCUGGAAGGAAGUUCCAUAUCGUACGAAAAAUAGAUGGGAAGAGCGCAUCGACUCGCGGGAAGAAUCGAUGGAACCAGAGUUUUCACCCGCUCUUCGUCGAUGGCCUCAAGAACCAACCGGUGAGAUCGGUAGUAAUCAGCGAUCGGCUUCAUCGGACUAUAGACCAUUCUACGGAAGUCCGAUUCCAGCGAUCGGGGGACAGUACCGUUUCGGAGGAGCUGCACAACGGAAACCAGUCGAGCUUCCGCCUAGCCCCGUUCCUGCACCACCGAAGCUCGCACCGUAUCCAUUAGCUGAGGAACGUAUUCCAUCGCGAGUUGUACCACAGGAAAAGAUUUUUUCAUUCAUUCCGGAAAAGCCGAAACCAACGCCACCAGCGCCUGUUCCCAAAGUACCAGCGUAUCAAGCUGACAGGGUUCCUUCCUUCCUGGAACGUCGUAACACUUAUCGUAAUGAGCCUCCGGCUCAGCUCCGAACAACCAAGGCUCCUCCUGUCAGGUUAUUUACGCCAGCGACGACCGUAGCCCGAGAACCGGUGACACCACAGUCGAUCGAGAGUUUGUUCUCGUUCGGUGCGAAACCGGUGACCUAUUCGAUUCCGACCACCGCGAAACCGUCGCCCGGUGUCACUCGCAACGGUUGGGAUGGGUACGAUUUUUCGUUCGUGCGUAAGGCGCAGGAAACGAAGAAGCGACUGCAGCGACAGCAACGAUCUUCGCGCAAGGGUGUGCCAGAGCUAUGAGGGAAUGAGAAAUUCUUUACAUUUUAAGAGUAAAUUUGCUUUUUUUUAAACAGUAUACAAAUAUAAUAUUAACAAAUGAAAACUGAAUGCAAUCAGGUACAAUAACACGAGCGGGUCACGAGGAUAAGCAUAUAAAACUACUUUAAUAGAAAUAAAGUAAAAACAUUGAAGUAA